AUGCCAGGCCACAGUGAAGAUUUCGCCCUAAGUGCCGCUGCUGUUCAGUCCUCCAAUGCUACAAGCAACUUGUUUUUGGGCACUGCCCCCAGGUCGUGGAUGGUCAAGAGCGGUGCAGGCGCCAUUGGAGUGACCGUGCAGCCUCAACCAGCCCGCCGGUACAGCAAUCCAACACGCAAGAGACCAGAGCCUCAGAGACUCCAGACCACUCUACCAGCGGGACCUUCAGAUGAAUCUCCCACCAUUGCGGCUGCGACCCCGUCACAUGCUUCCCUCGACUUUACAAGGCAAUCGCGACUUGCGUCGUCUACGAUUGAGGACGAAAAUGCACGGCAGCAGGACACACUACACAGUCUGGAGAGACCGUCAACAGCCACGAACAAGCAAACAGCCGAUGCACACCAGGCACAGGCUGUGCCUGCUCUCAAUUCCGUUAGCCUAGAUGGCCCUAUAUUUAGCGACACUGAGAUGGAGGGCAUGUCGAGAGUGCCUGGAUCAGAUAACCCACACGCGGUAGCAGUACAGCCAUUGGCCGCGAAUCCAAAUACAACUUCAGGUGCGGAUGCGGAAGACAACGUCGCGGCAGAGAUGGUGGCGCUUGUUGGUGACGACGUCGAGCCUUUAUUCACCUCGCAGUCUCCAGAACACAUCUUGCUUCCAGACAUACCUCCGACAAAUGCAUCUAACCAAAACGUCGACCUCUUUAGGCCGAGCAGCACGCAACGCGCCUCCCCCACCAGCAGAGCAGCCCUGCUGAAUACUUCCACUCGAAGUGACUUCGCUCCUAUUGGCGCUACCCCUCCGGCCGACGGAGGCCACUCUGGUAGCCGCGGAAAGCGCGUGGCUGAUGCGAGACUGUCUGAGGAGCGAAGAACGCGCGGGAGACUCAGUGCGGACGUCCUCGAGCUUCAAUUGCAACUACCAACGCCUCAAGACUCUCCCGUAACCUCCAACAUGGCUACUCUCAUUGAAAGGUUCGAGUCGGCGCUAGGAGAGAUUGAAGCUGCUCCGCCCACGAUCGAUCCCACAGUUGCCAUUGAUAGCCGUCGCGUUGAGAUGAUGCGCGACGCCUGCCGUGAGAAUGAUCGCUUCUUCCUCCUCGCUCAUAACCUCUACUGUCUCUGGUCAGCCGGGCAACACGGCAUCCUUGGUCAGCUACAUUUCACCGAACUGCAUUUCAAAGGCAUGCAAGUUCUGGAGCAAGUUUUGGGUCCCAAGCAGUAUUUGACUUCAGGGGUGUUCCAAGUCUUCUUGACGUUUCCUCAAGCCCCAGAGGCAUUGCUUCAAGACAGGAGCCGGCAAUUCGCGGCGCUGCUCGAGGAGGUGCGCUGUUUUCUCUUCCACUUGGGUACCGGCUUCUUUACUCUACGCGAUUCCGCAUUGCGUAGAAAAUGCCCGCCCUGUCCGGCCGAGUUCAAAUUCUCUUUGAAGCUGCCGUCACCCGCCCUACAAAAGGCGCUUUUUCGUUCCAUUCUGCGUCAGACUUAUAACGACCAGGCCUGGCUGCCGCAGGCUUUGUCGCUGUUUUCAAACGAAUUAGACAAUCCGGACGGUUCAGCCAUAAGUAUUGCUGAGCUGAAUGCGUACCAUGGUGCUCAACUGGGGCCCAUCGUCAGCCGUUGGACCCACGCAUAUGCUCAACAGCUCAAGCAGUACGAGGAGGCUGCGAGGAAUGCAGGCAGGACAUUGCCGCCAGCCAGUGCCCAGCCACCGAUUAGCGGCGAUCAAAGUCUCAAUUCUGCUCAGAUGUACAUCGCAAAUAGCCCCGUCGCUGGACCCCCAGACACGCCUGUCAAUAUUCCGGGCCUCCCUCAACCGUCACAUCCAGCGCCAGUUGCACCUCCUCAGUUUAUCUCGCGACCCUCAGAUUCCCUAUUGCGACCAGGUCAUUUCUUCCCGACCUCCUCUUCGCCGAUUCGGUUCAGCACCCAGCCGCCACAUCCUCCGAAUCCGCUACAGCACUCCUCCCCGACGGUCCUUCGCUCACAGCCCCUUGCAACCUCCUGGGCGCAUAGCCCGGGCAACAUAUCAUCGAAUUUUCCUGGACCACCCCAGAUUACUUACUCCCACCCCCACUCACAGGUCUGGAGUCAGAACUGGAAUGGCAGCAAUCCUGGCCAAGCGCUGCCUAACCACGCCAGCAAGAUCAAUCCGGGCACGCCCGAGAUAGCACCCAUGGAACCCGCGGGCCUUCCUCCGUCAAGCCGACCGGGUUGGCGUGGCUUAACGAUCUUAGAUGAGCGCCAGCGCGAUGGGAGGACUGAGUUUCGUGUUCGAUGGAAUGGCACCAGGAUUCCAGACGGCUCUUGGUUACCAGAGAUCCAACUGCAGAAUGCACAAGAAGAAAUUGCGGUUUUUCGGGCCAGGGUGGUGGCGCACAACCUGCGUCGCAAUCAGCAACGUGGUCUGGGAAUUCUGAGUCCUGGCGAGCCAACCGCGCAUACCCAGCAGUAUAUCGCCAGCACCAACCCAACGUUUGCAGCUUCGACUCAGCAGCAACACGCUCAGGGACCGCAGCUGGUAAGCAACGUCGCAGGCCAACAGCAGGCUACCACCCAGGAAGCCGUACCUUCGGUCAGAUAUCAGCAGUAUUCCGCAAUGGUACAGUCGCUUCAAGCUCCAAAUCUCCAGCAACGCCCAGCUAUGCGUACGCCAGCCCACUCUCGUGGCUCUUCGGGGACUCCCGCGAUGCAAGUGCCUCCGAGUGCCCAGCAGCUCUCAAGCCCGCCCACAUCGAGGAAUGUACAUGCACCUGCAAGAUCAGAUUCAAUGCGCACGCCUGUCAGUAUCCCGUCUCGGCCGACUGCCCGCCCGGAAACUUCUUUGAAUGAUUCAUAUCAAAUGAACCCCCCAACGUUGCCAGCUGCAAGAGCAGCGCAGAGUGCAAUCCCACAAUUUGAACAGCCGCAACAGCCUGCAGUCCCUCAACAGGGCCUCCCUUUUUUCCAUCCUGAUCCGAAUUUCAUUUUGGCUCAAAUGGCAGUGCCGAAUCCCGACCACUUCGCGCUUCAUCAAGCUGGGCUCCGCAGCCCCGAGUACCGUAAGAAGAUCGACCCGGACGGCAAUGAAUCCGAUGCUCGCUACUAUCAGUAUGUGGAAAAUAUUAUUGAGCUACCUGAAGUCAUUACCAGAGACUCUGGUCUGAUUCGAUGGAACAUGCACAUUCCCCAACAAGUAUGGUCGAGGAGGACGACGCCUCUGCCUGCCUUGGGGGAAUAUUUGAUUCCACAACGCAUAGUGGCCAAUGGAAAUGUGCAGUUCAGGUUGAAGGCAAUCGUCCUUGCUGAGGAAGAAGGAGGGUCCCGGCCUACACUAUCAGAGUUCUGUACCCAACCGACCAGAUGGCCAAAGUGUCUCUCUGUCUCUAUUAACGAACAUCACGGGGUCGACUUCCGGCGGAAAGCGCACCACGGCGCAGAUCUUGCUACAGACAUAACAGAGAUGGUCAGGGAAGGCGAUAAUGAGAUAGUGAUUGCCGCCAUUUUCAGCCCCCAAGAGGCGGAGGUGAAAUUCCUGAUGGUAGUGGAGAUCAUCUGCAUAGCAGACUAUCAGACGCUGCUCCGAAUGCCGCCACGGAUUCCCGCCGCAGAUGCUCUUGCUACCAUCAUAAAAUCCUGGGCGAACAGCGCAGAGGAUGACGAUGAAGUGGCGAUUCACCGGGAGAUGAGCAUUGACCUCAUGGAUCCCUUCACCUCUGUCAUAUGGGCAAUCCCUGUCAGAGGGUCAGAGUGCAGGCAUCCACAAUGUUUUGACCUCGAGGUUUUUCUGUCGAGUCGCACAGGCCGGACCAAGGAUAGCGGUAUGUCAAGUCCUGACAAAUGGCUCUGUCCGAUCUGCAAGAGCGAUUGUCGACCUCCAAUGCUAGUCGUUGACGGAUUCCUAUUGGGUGUUCGCAGGAUCUUGGAGGAGGAUGGGCAGCUUCUCACCAAGACCAAGGCAAUUCUUGUCAGAGCUGAUGGUACUUGGGAGCCCAGGCUGGAAGAGGCAUCGAAGGACGAAGGUAGAAGCGCGCCAGCCUCGAACGCAUCUAACCCAGGAACCCCUGCUCCACCUGCGCCGGCGGCGCCAGGCCUGACCAUUGCACCUGCAGCACCGCCCUUUAUCGUUCUCGACGACGAUGACGACUGA